GUCGGCGUUAUUAUGAUAACAGCAUUUUAAAUAUUUCAAAUUGUAAUUCGUAACAACUAACAUUGAAAAAACGACUGUUGGUUGCAAUUUGCAAUGUUUAAAAUUUAAAUCUCAGGUGCUAGUUCCGAACUUUUCACUUCGAUAUAUUGGUCUUUAAAUUGCACUCACAACCUACAAAAUGAGCAUUUUGUACAGCGAUGACGAUGGUUUCUUCAUAUCGCAUCAAACGUUUAUUUCAAAGUUGUACGAUACAAUUUUGAACAAAACCGAAAACUCUGUUCAUCUAUACGAACAUUUCUUUCAUAUAAACAAUCCAUUUGUCAGAGACAAACAGCAAGUAGAAACUAGCGUGGAAACUAAUGUCGUGAAACGUAAGAGAAAGCGGCCACCACUUGAGGAAGACGAAAUAAGUAAAAGAAUCAAAACUUUUAUAUUGAAUUUAAAAAAUCAGACGGGCUUAUUUUCAAUAUUGCCAAAGAUUUUGGAUAAUAAUAAUUGUGCUAGAAAUGCAUCUAUAAAGUUCUAUGAAAGCACUAGUGCAUUGAAAACAUUUUACGGUCAAAAUCCAAAUCCACACUUACAUACAGCUAAUGGCUAUGUAUUCCCUCCGAAAUGUCAGUUUUAUUGUGACAAUGUUUUCAACAUGAAAAAUCUCGGAGACCAAAAAUUUGACCUGAUUUUGUUAGACCCGCCAUGGACAAAUAAAUACAUAAAAAGAAAGAAGAAAAUUAAACGAGAUGAAGGGUAUACAAUGAUGGUUGAUCAGGAUUUGGCCCAAUUACCUAUAAAUGAGUACCUAACUUCUAACGGUUUGGUCUGCGUGUGGUGUACAAAUUCUCAAAAUCAUAUAGACUCAUUAAAGUCUAUAUUAUUUCCAAUAUGGAACUUAAAAUAUGUGGCCUGUUGGUACUGGAUAAAGGUAACAGAAUGUGGAGAUUUUGUUUGUAAUUUUGCUCCAGGAACUGGCAAACAGCCUUACGAACGUAUAUUUUUUGGAAGGAAAAUAGACUGUGAUACUAAAAUAAAAAAUCCUGAAGAACAUAAGUUCAUUGCAAGUAUUCCAAGUUCAGUGCAUUCACAUAAACCCCCCCUAUCUGAAAUAUUAGUUCCUUAUUUACCUCCAACACCAAAAUGUUUAGAACUAUUUGCCAGGUAUCUAAUACCCAACUGGACUAGUUAUGGACUUGAAGCUUUAAAAUUUCAACAUCAAUUUUUGUAUGAAAAUUCAGAUUUAGAAUACUGCAAUCACAAAUCCAAUACAAAAUGUAAAGAAAAUGCAUAAAUGUUAAUCUAAUAAAACUUUUUUGUUUGUUUUUUACCACUAACAUAAUGUUUAAUAGUACAUUACAACAAAACAAACCUAUAGUAAAGAAAGCUUUCAGAAACAUCAAAACAUAUUAAUAAUUCUUUAUGCUAGAUGAAUCCUGCAACUCUACAGUUUACUGAAAAAAUGUAUAUUGUUAUAAAAAUACAAAGCAAAACUCAUAUCAUAAUUGUGUUAUAAAA